UAACUCUGGAAAAGAGACCAGAGCUUGGGACACGAAGGACGUGGACACAUUGGCGAAGCGAAUACAGAGAUUUGGCAGUGGGCUGUUAGACACUGCAACGUCUGGGGGAAGAUAACUUUUUAAACAGGACCAUGGUGCAGCACACCGACAACAGCGAGACGGAGGGCACCAUGUCCAGGGAGGCUACCGAUUCAGAGGAGAGUGAAUUUAUUGCUUGCAGCCCCGUGCAGAUAAACCCAGACUGGUGCAAGACAGCAACCGGCCACAUAAAGAGACCAAUGAAUGCAUUCAUGGUUUGGUCCAAAAUUGAAAGGAGAAAGAUCAUGGAGCAGUCCCCGGACAUGCAUAACGCCGAGAUUUCCAAAAGGCUGGGGAAAAGAUGGAAGAUGCUAAAGGACAGUGAAAAGAUUCCCUUCAUCAGGGAAGCGGAGAGGCUCCGGUUAAAACACAUGGCUGAUUAUCCUGAUUACAAGUAUAGACCCAAGAAAAAACCAAAGCUCGACAGUUCAAAACCAUCAGCACCAUCUCCGGAGAAAUCUUGCAGCAAAAUGGCAAAGACUUCCGGUAAGAAAUGCUCCAAAAUAAAGACUAAGACCCAUUCUAAAUUGUCUCACCGCUACGGGGAUGACUGUGUGUUCCCAAAAGUUACAAAGACAAUUAAAAGUGAACUCACAGAUGAUGAUGACGAUGAUGAAUACGAGGAGGACUAUCGUAUGCGGAUUAAACAGGAGGACGAGGAGCAGAUGAGGCCGUAUAAUGUAGCAAAAGUUCCCACGAGCCCAACAUUGAGCUCCUCUGCUGAGUCCGAGGGAACCAGCAUGUAUGAAGACAUACGGAAUGCGGCUCCGAACAGACUGUUUUACAAUUUCAAAAACAGUACUAAACAGAGCACAAUGUACCCAGCAUCCGCCUCACCAGCAUCUUCUAGGUCAGUUUCAACAUCUUCCAGCUCCAGUGAGGACGCGGACGACUUGCUUUUUGACUUCAGUUUAAAUUUCGCCCCGAACGCUCAAGGGCCGGAGGUGGGCAACCCGAAUUCAGGAAAUCUCUCCCUCUCUCUUGUGGAUAAAGAUUUGGACUCAUUCAGCGAGGGCAGUCUGGCUCUCACUUUGAAUUUCCAGACUAUUGCACACCAGAGCUCAGUGAAAUGAUAGCUGGGGACUGGUUGGAGGCGAACUUUUCUGACUURGUGUUCACAUAYUAAAUUKAAA